AUGACUCUUCCCAAUCCAAUUCUGCCUGGUUUCAAUCCAGACCCCUCUAUUACGCGUGCUGGUGAUGACUACUUUCUUGCUACAUCCAGCUUCGAGUAUUUCCCAGGAGUACCAAUAUAUCACAGCAAAAACCUGAAACAAUGGAAGCUUAUUGGCCAUGCCUUGACUAGAAAUAGUCAGAUCCGCCUCGCAGCUCCAGAACCAGGAGGAGGGGUGUGGGCGCCAACCUUGAGAUAUCACAAUGAUGUGUUCUAUUUAACCACGUCAAUAUUUGACCGAUUCCGUCCUCAACAAGGCGAACGAACAUUUCCACGUGGGUUCUAUAUCAAGACAGAGAAUAUAUGGGACUCGUCAUCUUGGUCAGAUCCCGUGUUCUUUGACAUGGUAGGAUUCGAUCAAGAUCUCUUUUGGGAUAAUGAUGGGGGUGUGUACCUGUCUACCACUCACGUUAAGGCUGAUCGAUCACCCGAUGCGGAUCUAUCACGGCUUGACUUUGCCAUACACGUCUGCAAGAUAAAUUUAAUGACGGGGGACUCAAUUACCAAACCCGCAAUGAUUCGUGAAUCAUUAUCUGGAAUUGCUGAAGGAUCGCAUAUCUUUCGACGAGGACAGUAUCUUUACCUCAUUACAGCAGAGGGUGGCACUGGCUCCAGGCACUCUGUGUGUGUGUUUCGGAGCGAGAAUGGGAUUCUAGGGCCCUGGAUUUCUUUCCCAAACAACCCUAUACUACACAGCUGUACAAAUCAUGAAGUACAGAACACAGGACAUGCAGACUUUGUCGAGGAUGUGAAUGGAAAAUGGUGGGCCGUGCUUCUUGGAGUGAGACCGGUCCGGAAGAGCGACAGUUUGUGGCAAGAUUCCGUUUUUGGGCGUGAGACAUUCCUGGCCGAGGUGGAAUGGAUCGACAGCUGGCCAGUCAUCAACCAUGGACAAAUGAUUUGCCUUGGCCCUGAGCCAGAGCCUCCUUAUACGCGAAUUCUGUGGAGAGACGACUUCUCCUGGCCUUCAUUGACCUUGGGGUGGUACAGAAAAAACAUGGCGGAAAAGCUCGACUAUUCUAUUCUGAAAGGCCAAGGUCGUCUGCGCCUACAUGGAGGACCUUACAACCUCUCCGACCCGGCUAGUCCUACCUUGCUUUUACGGAAGCAGACACAUAGGUCAUGCGUCUGGGAGACAAAGCUCUCAUUCCAUCCAACAGAGGAGCAUGAAGAGGCGGGAUCGGUGGUCUGGUGGAAUUAUCUCACUUACAGCAGUAUUGGAAUCCGCAAAGUGUACGACGAUAAGAACGCAGAUGCGGCCGCCAAAGCGAGACUUGUCCGUUUCAGAUCUGCAGACUGCGAGAUUGUUGAGCGCAGGCUCCACAAGUUUGACUCAGAUGUUGUUCUCUUAAUCAGAUGCGGUGACUCCAAGUAUGAGUUUGGGUUCCAAGAGCUUGAUAAGAUGGGGGGCGAGAUUGUGGAGCCUCAUUGGUUGGGAGAAGUGAGCACCGAAGCAAUGACAAAACCGCCAUCUCUUGGGAUGGCGUUCUCUGGCAUGUUGCUAGGCUUGUACGCCUUUGCAAAAUUUCGGAAGUGUACGGAGCCUGCCGACUUCCAUUAUGCCGAGUUUAGAUUACCUGAUGAUGGUAGAUGA